UGCUUCCCGUCACGAAGUUGUCUCGUGACCAUAAAGUUUUUUAUAAAGCUUUCAGUUCUGAAGUUUAUCCGUCUAUCGUUUCCUGACUCCGGCUUCUUGAUUCAGCAUGAUACUGGCUUGGUGUUUUCUAGCCCUUAUUGUGGGCACCCAGGCUUUGCCAAAUGAUAAGAUCCACCAGAUGAAAUCUAGCAAUGGCGGAUGUUACGAUCGCAAGUACGACAAAGGAAUCAAGCCUGUUAUUAAAACAAAGCGUCCUCAUGAAUACCUUAACAUGGCAAAGCUCCCUACGUCAUUUGACUGGCGUGAUGUGAAUGGCACCAACUAUGCCAGCACGACAAGAAACCAGCACAUCCCUCAAUACUGCGGCUCGUGUUGGGCCCACGGGACGACAAGUGCCAUGGCCGACCGCAUUAACAUUCUCAGAAAAGGCAAAUGGCCGUCUGCCUAUCUCUCAGUACAACAUGUACUUGACUGUGCUAAUGCUGGUACCUGUCACGGUGGAGGAAUGCUUGGCGUCUACCAGUACGCCAAAACUCAUGGUAUCCCAGAUGAGACUUGUAACAACUACCAAGCCAAGGACCAGGAUUGCAAAGACUUCAACAAGUGUGGCACAUGCACUACCUUUGGGGAGUGUCAUGUUAUUAAGAAUUACAGUCUCUGGAAGGCUGAGGAAUAUGGCAACGUGAAUGGCCGUGAAAAGAUGAUGGCCGAGAUUUUUGCCCGUGGUCCCAUUGCAUGUGGAAUCAUGGCCACACCCAAUCUGGAAAUUUACACUAAAGGUGUCUACAAAGAGCACAACACAUCCCCUGAGAUCAACCACAUUGUAUCUGUCAUGGGAUGGGGUGUGGAAAACGGUGAAGAGUACUGGGUUGUGCGCAACUCAUGGGGUACCCCCUGGGGAGAGGAGGGCUUUUUUAGGAUUGUCACCAGUGCCUAUAAGGAUGGUCAGGGUAACGAUUACAACUUGGCAAUUGAGCAAGACUGUGCCUUUGCUGUACCAAGUGUGUGAAUAUGUCUUAUACCAGCUUAUGAGGUCAACUAUUUCUUUUAUUGUAUUGUGUGAAUUUUGUAUUUCUUUAUAGUAAUAUCUUGUGUUGUAUUAUAGUAUUAUGUCGCAUUAUUUGCCUUUUUAGCAUCUCUUAUUUAAUAUAAUGCUAUAAUGCUUAUAACAUAAAUCAAUUAAAAUUGUGACUCAAUGAAUAUUAAAUACCUUAAUACAUA